AUGAGAUUUUCGGAUGAACAAGUCAACUUCAUUCAAAAUGGCUCUCGAAAUUUUAAUCCCUUUUCACAAACAUAUAACUCAGGAUGGAGGCAACACCCAAACUUCAGAUGGUCGGAUAAUCAGCAAGAGAGCAGUUCAAAAAAUAACCAGCUAGAGAAAAAAACCAAGUUUGGGGGAGAUGUUCGACCAAUAUAUGCAGAAGACAAACAAGAGAUACAUGUGAAGAGACCAGACAGAAAAGACAAAGAAGUAAUGGAUGAAGAGGUUGGGACAGAAGUAGAGUCUGAACAACCAACUAACGAGGAGGAUAAAGGGAAAGAAAGACCCACAUUGAGAGCACCCUGCCCCUUGAAAUCCUAUUUUGCCAAGUUUGUGGAGAUUUUCAAGAAUCUGCACAUCAAUAUUCCGUUUGCAGAUGUAAUAGCCCAAAUGCCCAGUCAUGCCAAAUUCUUGAAGGAGAUCUUGUCUAACAAAAGGGAGCUGGAAAAACAUGAGACUGUCCGCCUAAACGAGGAAUACAGUACCAGUGUUAAUUUGAUGUCCCUCUCUGUUUACAUGUCUCUUGGAUUAGGAGAAGCAAAACCUACAACCAUCUCUUUGCAAUUGGCUGACAGAUCGAUCAAACGACCGAAGGGGAUCAUUGAAGAUGUGCUAGUCAAAGAGGAUUCAAACAUCCCUCUAAUCUUGGGAAGACCUUUCUUGGCUACCGGAAGAGCGUUGAUUGAUGUUUACAAUGGAAAGAUGAUUCUUCGGGUGGACAAUGAGCAAGUAAUAUUCAACAUGUUCAAGGCGAUGAAACAUCCACUGACUUCAGACACUUGUUGUCAAGUAGAUGUUCUUGAAGAACUUAUGGUAGAUACAUUUGAGAUAGAGCAUCAAAUAAUUCUUUGUGAAGCAGAAAUUGCACAAUCGAGAGCAACAAGUGCAGAAAAACUGAAUGUGUUGUCAACUUGGCUUAGCAGCCAAUAG